GAGGAAUCCCUCAGCCAUUCUGUGGGGUGGUGAGAGGGGAGAGAGAGAAAGAGGGAAAGAGAGAGAGAGUUCACAGACCAGUGGAGUAGUAUCACACUGGUCUAGUCCGGUCAGGUCCAAAGAGAGAGAGACAGAGGGGUGUAAAGGCAGCUAGAGACUUCAGCACCUGUCCUGUCUUAUCAAGAGAAACCUCUGUGUUCUACUACAUCAGGAUUCUGGACUUUUCUGUGAAAAAAUGUCCAAGCAGCCAUCAUCCAACGUUAAAGCCUUGCAGGCCAACCUCAAUAUCCCGAUGGGCGGUCUGCGUCCGGGGGCGGGACAUCCUAUGAAGAGGAGAGAGGACACAGCAGAGCCAGAGGAGGUGUCCCAGAGCAGUCCUGAGGAGAAGAAGCCACUGCCGGGUGCGGUCAAACUCCCUGGCCCCGCCGUCAACCUCUCAGAGAUCCAGAACGUCAAGAGUGAACUCAGAUGGGUCACUAAGGACUAGACGCAAGGAUCACCCCCUGCUCCCCUGCUCUGAAGAAACACAUGGACUCAGCUACUCUCUUGGACCCAGACCCAGACCCAGACAGACAGCCCCUUCCUGCUCAGCUACUGUAUCUCCCAAGUUCAAACACAAAUAAAAAAAAAACUACAAACGGACAGUAGUGUCUUGGCAGAACAUUUGACGAUAGCAACGAAGGUCUUCAGAAGAGACAUCACAGGGGAGUCCAAAAAAUGUACCUGCGUCAACCUGUGAGAAAAAAACCAACUGCAACCCAACACGUGAACGUCAACGGGACUGCGGUAGACAUCCAAUGCUGAUAAGGAAGGGGAGGGAGUAGCGAGCAGAUCCUUCACUCUAAAAGACUGACGGGGGGUGGGGGGGUGAGGAGCAAGCUGUUGAUAGCACGCACGCACACACACACACACACACACACACACACACACACACACACACACACACACACACACACACACACACACACACACACACAACCCUGUGUGUCUCUCUGUUACAAACAUGGUCUCUGUUUCAACAUAUUUUUCUUGGCUUUCUGUUACGCCUUUGCAAUCUGUUGUUCCUGAAUGCCACACAUGGGCCUUGUGGGAAAUGUACCUUUAAAAGUGCUGUAUUUUGUUGUGCUCGCGUACGUGAGGAUCAUGUAUUAGGGCUGUCAGUUACUGAAGUGCUGUGUGCGUGUUUGUUUGCGUUUCUUUGACGACUGACUAUACUGUAUUCACUCUGAUAAUCUACUGUCAAGUCUGACAAUCUACUGUAUGUGUAUUUUAAAGCUGACAUUAUUGUAGUCAACAAACUCACCUUCGAUGAAUGUGACUCAGAAAAAAACAGAUGGACAUUUUUUGUGUUUACUUUAUUUAUUUUUCAGUUGCUUUAUACUGCAUUCCACGUGAUUUCUGUUUAGUCCAUUUAGUUUCAGAUUCUGUUCCGUGAAGCCUUGGAUCGUCACAGCAAAGUAGCCACCAGUAUGCUAAAUUAUGAUUGAUCAUUCACACACAGGAGUUGAAAGCGUCAUAGUCUUGAAAAAAAGAAAAAACGAAAUAAAUGGACACAGUCCCAGCUAUAUAUGGUUCUUGAAGAAGAACAGUACUGUAGUACUGUACACAUAUCCCAGCCGUUUCAAGAGCUUUACACAACUGAAGUGCUGCCCUUAAUGGUCUAGAACUGUAAUCCCGUUCAUUCAAAAAUGCUUUUUAAACAGACAGGAUUGAACAACAGGUGAAAGUGUCCUUAUCUGAAAUAAAGUCAUCUCUGUGAUCAGACACACAGAGGCACCCCCA